GCGACGCAAUAUUUCCUCUUUCUGUGGAUCGAGAAAUGAGACUCAAGGUGUAGGAAAAAUUCUCAUUUUAUUUUUUUACUCGCCCGCCUCAACACGAGCUAAAGAUGUUGUAUGUCGUGUAACGUCCCGUCUCUUUUAAGCAAAUUUUUUGUACAUGCGUCCACCUGUGAAGUGUGUUGUGCAGUUUGUGAAGUGUAAGAGUGCGUUUUUAUAUUAGUGUGACAAACCGGGCAGUGCUUCAGUGUUGCUGUUGGCAGAGCAGUGUUUUGUUUAUUUAUAAUUUUGAAAGUUGAGUUAUCCCAAGCGUCUGUCGUGCCGCAAAAAUAACAAAAAGCAGUUACGUCAGCUCCGGGAACGGAAAAUAGAAAGUGAGCGACAUACAAUUGCAAGCCAGUUCCUGUGCAGCGCAAGCAUAGUGGGAACGGCACGAUUUUGGUAAUUCUCGAGGAUCUACAUCUCCCUUCGCUGCAGCGAUUUAAAGCUCAUCCAAGCCAUCGAAAGGCAAAAGUCAUCACCAAGAAAUAGCAUUUGCAACGCUCCGGUACAAAAGCAUCGUACAGCAAGUAGAGGUGAACGUGGGUCGACUGCAGCCAAAACAGGCCAGCAACAAAGCCCCGCGAUCAUCCCAUCCCAUCGCGGCAGAGGGUGAACCCAAGCUCACCUUUGAAAUUCCGUCCCACCUGAAGAGAACCCUCCGGCUCAACCUGCUUCCCCUGGAAUUCGUCUACAGCGCACGUACCUUUGACGAACCUCUUCAGUUGCUUCAUUCAAGAUUACUAUAUCGUGAUGAUGGCUCCGUCUCCUUCAAAAAGUUCCAAAACACAACACCCAUCGUUUCUAAUUACAACCGAUUCAGUAGGCACCAGUCCAGUUCCUUCGAGUCCUCCAAGUACAGAUGCGCCAAAAUCUCAAUGUUCCUCACUAUCUGACGGAGAAUCGUUUGAAUGCUACGGUGACAACGACAUAUCAAUCUCAGAAACUGGUGGUGUUGACCUGGAACUGGCUCCACAUUUGAACUCUACCACGGUUGGCGAAAGUAAUGGCAAUCCGAGUGCCGCCAGCAACUCAGGAAUCACCAGACACUCCUGGAGCCGAACAAGUUUACGUGGCGCGCCUAAAAGCCAUAAUGACAACCUCCCGAAUAGACGCUGGGGAUCAAUGAGACACAGUACUGGCAAACGACAGCUUGGAUCCAAUGCCUUAGCAAAUCAUCUUUAUAGAUCGUCGAGCUUCAACUCGUCCGGCAGAAGCUCAAACUGUGAUACGGCCGAAGACAUGUACAGCGAUGUCAGUUUGGAAGAUGUACAAGACAUAAAUCAUAAGCUCGAAAUACUACAACGGCAAGUCACCAAUCUGGCAGACACCCAGAGCAAUGUGGACGAUCGCACGAGUAGAACGAAAACGGAAUAUGCCGUCCUUCAAGCGCGUUAUCAUAUGCUGGAGGAGCAGCUGAGAGAGACUGAAUUGCGGGCGGAAGAACGAUUGGCUGAAGAACAAAAGCGUCACAGGGAGUUGCUGGCCCGCGUCGAGCGGGAGGCAAAAUUGCAGAAUGAAAACUGUCAGAUCCGGAUACGGACGAUGGAGAUGGAGGUAACCAGCUUGCGGGAGGAGAUCCAACGAUUGCGCCUGCAAAGUGACAAACAGGCGGCCGAUCUGCAUGCGACGGAGGAGAAGCUGGAGAAAGCUCGGGAUUCGCUGAUGAUCUCGCAGCAGGAUCUGGCGGAAGCAAGGGCAGAGGAGAAAAAGCAUAGAGCCGAGAAGCAAGCGGCAGAGGAACUGAUGGUAGAGCUUGGCAAGGAAUGUGAACGGCUGCGUUCUGAGCGUGGGCCCGCACUGCCAACGACAUCGCCCGAGUCGCUGCGACUGGAGGAAUUGCAUCAGGAAAUGGACGAAUUGCGCCAGAAGAACAAGUCACUGGAGGAAGCGAACGAAGAGCUUCAGGCUAUGAUGUUGACCCGUAGCAUUGAGGAAGGGCGUAAUCUGCUGAACGGGACCUCGAACAGUUUGGCCCAAGAGCUAGAAGCCAUGAGCCAAAAUCAGGAUACCGUUGAUUCGACCACUUUAGCGUCAUUAACACAGCUCCAGGUCGCAUUCCAGGAGAAGGAAGAGGAGAACCGACGACUGAAGCAUUACAUCGACACGAUGCUAUUGAACGUGGUGGAAAACUAUCCACAGCUGCUGGAAGUGAAAGCCGCCUAAACUGGACUGGUUGAUUUUGUUCCGUUUAGUUGAGCCUUAGUGUAAAUUACAUUCGCUUUUUACAAUCAAACAGAACAUAGUUACAUGUUACAUGUUACUCACAAAUCAAGAAAGUGUAGGAAAGAGCGUAUACUAAAACAAAUAGACGAAAAAAUACACAAGUCAGGGUAAACAGGACGCGGAUGUGCGACUAAUGGAAUUGAUAGCAGAAGCCCAAGCAAUAUAUUGUUUUUUUUUAUAUAUUACUGAGUACAUUUAGCAACUACACAACACAAAAGGACGACCGUAGCUUGUUAGACUAUAAUUUCUUAGACAUUGCUAGAGAAACGAAGAACAAGAUACAUUAUGAUUGCGUUCGAAUGGAACAGAGCAGACGCAGUUUAUUUAUCAGAGCAUGAUUCUCGCUUGAUGAUGAUACUGGUACGGUUUUUGUUUACAAACGAUAGAUCCCUCCAAAAUCCGUGCUCCAAAAGAGGGUAGACGAGCAACGGUACUCUUCGGUUCUUAACACAUCAUAAAUGCGCCUUGCAAUCAAUUCUAAUGAUGAGCAGCAGCUUAACAGCAAAGCACUUACUAGAAUCGUGAUAACUGAAGUAGCCUUCAAGCGUAAAAUAUGUUUGAUGUAUCCUUUUUAAAAUGGACGUCGUAAUCUAUUGUAAUGCGUAAAACAAGGCAGUAGAGUUUGGCGUCGACGAAUUGAGUGGCCAAGAAUGAAGUUUGUAUUUAAAAUAAAAAAAAAUGUUUAAAAAUCACUUUAAAGUUGCAUUGAGAGAGUAAUACAUUAUAAAUUAUUAGCAAGAGAAGAAUGUUGGAAACAGCUUUGCAACGCCUUUCGGUUGGGGUUUCGUUUUUGUUAGACGACUACACAGUUAGCGGAAAGGAAGGACAUGUUUAAAAGUUUUUGAUAAAAAUUGUUUUAGCAUAUGCAUUGGCGUUAAUAAACAAAUAAUUCAAUUCAAAAUCACCAGCUGCACUCGAUUUGCAGUUCAGUUUAAAAUCAUAUACACAAAAAAGCAUAUUUGAAAGAUCUAUUUACGGUGUAACUGGAUGCGACUAUUUCGUGGAUAAGUUAUUGCUGUUCAGGUUUGAAGGUUACAUUGUAUGGAGUGUAGUGCGAAAUCUAUUUUACCUUCCCUUUACGACGAGGGCAUGUUACGGAUAGGAGCAGGGCGUAGGAAAAGAUAGCUGUUGAAGGUGAUUUGUUUCGUAAGUGGUUGUGCAACUGCAAGACGUUAGAGUGCUGUGACCCAUAAGCACUCUCUUUUUAUAGCAUGGAUGCCAAAAUAGCGUUCUACUAAAACAAAACCCAACUGUAUUACUACUUAGAGUCAGAAAUAAAAAUACUUACAACAUA